AACUGUUUCUCAAAUUCUCAGUUUUGUUUACACACGUACACCCGCAUCAUGUCAUUAAACUAUGCGGUUUGACUAGAUCAGCGAGUGUGAUCGUGGAAGUCUUUUAGUUCAUGUUUUGUAACAAAUAUCUUUAUCUACAUAAGAAUGCGUUGCUGCCGCCACUGCGUGUGUUCGGGUUAAAUAAUCGGCAAGAUAGUAACGUUAGUAUGAUUUGAAACCUGAAAUGAAUAGUGAAACAGUAUACGACAAGUUUGUUGCGCAACUCGGGAGUUUUUGAGUCACAUGUAAGGGCGGGAUCAGCGCUUAUGAUGCAAUCUUGUUUUUGUGUGAGUGAUUUCUAUAGCCUACAAGGUAACAUCCCGUUAGUUGACGUCGGAGGAGAACAGCUCUUAAGGAAGUUUUUCCACCUUCAUUUGAUAAAAUGAAUGGCAUAGAAACUGAAGAAUUGCUCACAUGUCUCCAUGUGCACCUCUUCCACCCUGAUCAAGCCUCCCAUCCUCUGUUUCACAGCCUGCCCCUAAAUAACCCACAUACUAUGGAUGCUGAAGAUCCCUUAAGACUUGGUCGUGACGGACAGGCCUGUACGUUUGUCCUAAAUGACACAUGCGUUUCUAGAAAACAGCUCUCCAUACAGGCAUAUAAGAAAGCCGGCAGCGCCUGUUUGAGCUUUCUGAUCCAGAACAUGAGCCAGAAGGGUAAACUUGUGGUUGGUGGGUCUGAACUGAGAUACCUUGAAAGAGCUGAACUUGAUGACAAGGUUCUUCUCCGGUUUGGGAGAUAUGAACUGUUGAUUUUCCAGGAGCUAGGAGAGUCACAGAAUAAAUUUGAAGUGCUAUUUCAAACAUGCAAUACAGCACCCUCACAGGAAACAGGGGUAGAUGUGCCUUGCAGGCAACCCAUUAUGGUUAGUGGCGAGCCAUGGAGAAAUUUUCAAAAUGGAGAACCUACAAGCCGAGAUCCACUGGAGUCAGAUGAGACGAUACUAUUGUAGUUGGUUUCUCCUGGUGCACUGGUUGAUAAAGAUUAAGGUUGGAAAUAGAGCAUGAACAAUGGGUUGCCCUUUAUCAGUCUUUUAACAAAGAAAAAAAAGACUUUCUAGAACGUGUAUGUGUAUUAUUAAUAAUAUUAAUAUUAUUAAAACAAAAGCAUUAGAAGUAAUAGAAGUGUUAUCUAAGAAUCUAUAACUUUAGUUUUUGCUUUAGGUGUACUUGCAUGCAUUGUUGUUUUCUUAUGUCAUCAUACUAUCAUACUUUUCCUGAAUAUUUCUCUCACAAAUGCUCAGAUGAAAAUGAGCACUUUUCGUUAUUGCACGUGUUGAUCAAAACAUUGUGUUUAGUUCUUGUUCUAUGUAGACUGUUAAAUGAUGAAAUGUGAAUUACAAGCUUUUGUAUUUUAUUUAAAUAAACUUUUUAACAUUAUUGGUAUAAUGUAACAAAACUUAAACCUUACAAAUCUAUGAUAAAUAAAAAUGGAAGAGAUGUUAUCUCUUA